CAUGGCGCCGGCGCCGUCCAGUCAGCCGCGGGUGGUGGCGGCGACUUCCCCUCAGGAAGCCGGGUCUCCGCCUCCUCCUCCCACCCCGCCUGCUCGGCGGCGGAGGCGGCGGCGGCGGCAGCGGUUGUUCCUGCCUCUCCGCCACCUCCACCGCCGCCUGUCCUUCGGCCGGCGGCGUUGGCGGGGAGGGGGACGGUAGUUGUAGAUCCCGCCCCUGCCUCAGCGAAGAUACCAUAUUGAAUGAAGAAAGACUGAACUUACAGGUGCUUCUUAGGAAAGGCAUCUGUGGAGUAGUGCUACAGUUUGAAUAAUAAAAGAUUUUACAUUAUGAGGUGAAUGGGAGUAGAAUAUUGGACAAAAAUAAAUUUUAUAAUCUCUGCAUCAUGAUUUUUAGCUACCUGAUUGUUGUACAGUCUCACUAUUUGGGGGCAGUUCAUGCUGAAAAACUGAAGCAAAUACUAGAUAAAUAUGAUCAGAUUUCUCCAGCCAGUCCGCAGCCUGACAAAGAGAAUCCCUUUUUGUCAACCUAAUGAAGCAUUCAAAGUCAUAUGACUCUUUUCAAGAUGAACUUGAAGAUUAUAUUAAAGUGCAGAAAGCCAGAGGCUUAGAGCCAAAGACUUGUUUCAGAAAGAUGAGGGAGGACUAUUUGGAAAGCUGUGGGUACAGGGAAGAAGUUGACUCUAGACCCAGGCAUAGAAUGUUUGAUCAAAGACUCCCACCCGGAACCGUCCAGGCUUACCCAAGAUCACGCAAUACUUCACAGACAGAAAACCGGUUACCUCAGUGGUUCCCAGUUCAUGACAACAGGCCGAGACUGGAGUCUCUGAGCUACUGUCAAUUCCCCAGGGACUGCUUCUCAGAAAAACCAGUGCCCCUGAACCUCAGCCAGCAAGCAUAUAAUUAUGGUUCAGCCAGUGUAGACUCUGGAAGCCCCGAGCACUUCUCCUCGGGAACCAGGACUGGUGCCCAUCAAGCCAGUCAUCAGAAAAGAAGGAGGCACCCAGAGGAAGGCAAAGAAAAACCAAAGGAGGAGCGGCCCAAGCAUAAGAGGAAAAGAAGUCUUGAGGAGGUAGAUUUAGAAGAACACGUGAGCAUCCAAAGAAAGAAAACACAGGUGGAAACAGAACCUGUACAGGGCAGUACAGAAAAGCCUAAGCAUCGUAAGGAGAAAAAAAGCCGAGAUAUAGCCUCUAAGAAGGAGGACCGUAAGCGUAGGAAAGAGAAGAAGGAACAAGGCGAAGAAAGAACAGAGGAAGAAAUGCUUUGGGACCAAUCUAUCCUUGGAUUUUGAAGCUCUUUUGUUCUCCUGAAGUUAAAAUUGAAAAACUACUUGAAGAGCUUGGUUUUAUGAUAUUCAUGUUCGUAUCACUUAUGUGAACAGGUAGUUUAAUUCUAACAAAGGCCAGGUGAACAUGAAAUAUUUAGUAUGCUUGCUCUUCAACGUGGAAAUUACUUUUCCUCGUUCUCUAAAAACAUUAUUACAUUUUUCUUACAUUUGAUAUAAUUUCCCUUUAGGAGAGUGGUUCUGGUUUAUUGAAAUUGCCAUGAUGGUGGAAUUAUUUUCCCUUGGGAAAUAAUUUAUUUAAAUUGGAGGAUUAAUAGGCUUUGCUGAAUCUAUUUCUUGAUUGGAUUUCUUUUAGCUUUGAGUUGGGUAUUUUUAUGUUCAUUGGUUUUCUCUAUAAAGCAGUUUAGAUUUUUUUUGCCCCUUGUUAACUGGCAGUAUAUUUUCUAGGUUGGAAAGUGGAAAAUGAAUACAUUAUAAUAACAAUAAAUGUAUGUUACAUAUAGUUCUAAAAGUUUCAAAAAAUCUUGAUACAAAAUCAGUUUAUAUUCUGGAGAAGUUUAUAAUAAAGUGUUUUAUUAAUAAUAAAA